UUUAUUUAUUCUUUAUUUAUUGAUUGAUGUUUUGUCCUUCAUAUUCAUGUAACACGUUGUUGAAACACUACAUUACCCAUGAGCCGCGUGGAGGAACGUGUAUAAGUGUGUGUGUGUGUGUGUGUGUGUGUAUGUGUGUGUGUGUGUGUGUGUGAUGUAACGAGUAACGCGUGGUGAAGUACCACGAGCAUCGUGUGGAGCAGCUCGGUGCAGAAAUAGAAACAGAGGCCGGGACAGCGCCGCCCUCCGCAGCUCCACGUCACACAGCGACUCAGUCAGUCAGGAAAUUCAAACACACACACACUGAUCCGUCCACCUCACUGACACACACACACUCACACACACACAGCACAUCUCCGCUGCUGCUGCUGCUGCUGCUGCUGCAAGGUCACCGAGCCGGACACCCUGCGCUCCAUCAUCCAUCAUCCGUCCAGUCCACAGUGAACACUCUGUGUUGACGAGGGCCAGCGAUGCCGCCCCCUAGUGCCCCUGUCGUGCCCCCCCCAGACGGCGAGUGGGGAUGGGCUGUGGUGUUUGCCUCCUUCAUCUCCAUAGGCUUCUCGUACGCCUUUCCCAAGGCCAUCACAGUCUUCUUCAAAGACAUCCAGAUCAUCUUCGAUGCCUCCUACAGUCAGAUCGCAUGGAUCUCCUCCAUCAUGCUCGCGGUCAUGUAUGCUGCAGGUCCCAUCAGCAGCAUACUGGUCAACAAGUACGGCUGCAGGCCCAUCGUCAUGAUGGGGGGCUGCCUCGUUUCCACCGGCAUGAUUUUAGCGUCCUUCUGCAACAAUGUGAUGCAGCUUUACUUCUGCAUAGGAGUUAUCGGUGGUCUUGGACUAGCAUUCAACCUGCAGCCGGCGCUGACUAUGAUUGGCAAAUACUUUUCGAAGAAGCGGCCCAUCGCUAACGGGCUGGCGAUGGCCGGCAGUCCGGUGUUCCUCUGCACCUUGGCUCCUCUCAACCAGUACCUCUUCAACCAGUUCGGCUGGAGAGGCAGCUUUCUCAUCCUGGGCGGCCUGCUGUUGAACUGCUGUGUGGCCGGUGCCCUCAUGAGGCCUCUGGGGCCGCCACCCGGCAAGGUCAAGAAGGAAGAAGAGUUGGCCGCCAUCACCACUACGACAAAGGAGAAGUGCAGCGUUUGGCAAACAGUCAACAAGUACCUAGAUCUGACGCUCUUCAAACAUCGUGGCUUCCUCAUCUACCUGGUGGGCAAUGUCAUCAUGUUCCUGGGCUUCUUCGCACCUAUUGUCUUCCUUGCAGCCUACGCCAAGGACAUGGGUGUGGAUGAGUACUCCGCUGCCUUCCUGCUUUCCAUUCUGGCUUUUGUCGACAUGUUCGCCAGGCCGUCAAUGGGGCUACUGGCCAAUUCGCGUUGGGUUCGGCCAAGGAUCCAGUACUUCUUCAGCUUUGCUGUGCUGUACAAUGGGGUGUGCCACAUCCUCUGCCCUUUUGUUGAGAGCUACACCGGCCUGGUAGUGUACGCAGUGUUCUUCGGCUUUGCCUUUGGCAUGGUCAGCUCAGUGCUGUUUGAAACACUGAUGGACCUUGUCGGGGCUCCGAGGUUCUCCAGUGCUGUGGGACUCACCACCAUCGUGGAGUGCUGCCCCGUCCUUCUCGGUCCACCUCUAGCAGGGAAGCUGGUAGACGUCACAAAAAGCUACAAGUACAUGUACUUCUGCUGUGGAGCUGUGGUGAUUUUGGCUAGUAUUUGGCUCUUCAUUGGGAACUUCAUUAACUACAGGCUCUUGGACCGCGAGCGCAAACAGGCAGAAAUGUACAAACGGACUGAAACAGAAGAUCCAGACAAAGAUCAGGAUCUUAAGGAGGCUGGUGGGGAGGCCCAGGCGUCUGAGGAGCUGGUCAACAAAGAUGAGGAAUCUAUGCAGCGGGAAACCAACAUCUAGAUCCGUCGGCUCUCCCAACCACUCCCCUUCAGCUCCAGCGCAACCUUGCAACACUUUCACCUACGAUCAAACUGAGCUCCACAUCAAGAAUCACCUCUAGGUGUCCUUGGCAUUUCUCUAAGACUAACUUCCAAAGCAACCACUGUGUUGUAGGAAGCCUGGACUAGCGGCUGUUUGUCAAAGAGCUUCAGCUGUGACUUUAACAGAAAUAUUAACCAGGGACAAUCCUGUAGGAUACUGUACACAUGCGAAGAGGCUACAAGUCAGAAGAUGAUUGUGGAAAACAGUAUAGAAAUGACUGUAUUUCAUUAUUUUGGAUUGUCUGUAAAUACAAGACUGCAACUGAGGAACCAACUUCUCCACCACAGAUUACCCGGUUGCAGUUAUAGACAGAAUAUGAGAUUAUUGUUUUCUGGUGAAACUACGUCAGCUGAGAACAAACAGCAAUUCUGUGUUGAUGUUGGCAGAUAAUAAGAAAAAACAGUCAGUCAAUCAACUCUGCUGUCAAGUAUUAUCUGCUGCAAUGUGGUCAUACAGGAUUUUAGGUCAGUUGCAACAAGUGAAAAUAUCCCGAGCUGUAGCAACCAGCGUCAUUCCGUUUCUCCUCCUGUGUCUUCCGAUCACAUCUGAACACAUAGUAUCAACGUGUUGCCAAUGUUCCAACAUCACCAGCCCACUGAAUUCACAUGUUGAGUUAAGAUCUCUGCACAACCCUCUGGAGUCCUCCUAGAUGAAGAUCCAGGCUCUGAUUAUACCAACUUCACAGUCAGAUCAGAGGUGCUGAUUCCUCAUCGGAAAAUGAAGAGAUGUGACAAUUUCAGACAUUAAGCUAGCAAUAAUAAUGGAUGCAUUCUUUUUCCAACAUGCAACCUUUAAAAUACCUUUUCGAUAGUCUUUCCCACAGACUGUUCAAAGGACACUGACACUUUAGGCUAUUUUUCCUGAAGAUCAAAUCAAUAUGGAACAAAAGAGGAGCCGUGGCUUUCCUGGUUGCUCAGCUUUGAAGGAAGCAAAAACUCUCACUUUCUGAUUAACUCGGUGCGCUUGAUCCGUGAUACGUGUCAGCAAAAACCAGAAUGUAACAACCCUAAUUGCAUUCUUUCAUAUGGCAGUUGGGCGUCCUAAAACCUCACUUCCAUAAAUAAAGAGCAGAUGUGUUCACAGCUGGUGACGCUGGUCCACGCACAUUAUACUGCCCACCCGAGCACUGUUCUGUCGUGUUGUAAAACCUGCACCAAUGUCCCACUUUAAUACGUUCGAUCAAGUCAUGAAAGGCUCCUUGUAAGUUGUCUAAUGCUCAAUAUUGCACUCAUUUGCCGUAUGCUGCACUGAAAGAAAAAAAAUGACCAUACGACUCCCCAACCCUCUUCAUAAAACUGCUGCAACUCAAUACAUCUGAUCAUGGUUGAAUGUAAUUUCCUCUGUGGGCCUUAAUAAGGUAUUAAUGACCAAAAUCUCUCAACUCACUCAUAUUGAAAUGCAGACAUACAGGGAAACGUGCAGUUUAUCUCGUGGUCAGUUUAACAGUCCAAUCUAUGAUGCGUUGCCUUAAAUGUGAUGUAGUGUAAUUCCAGUUGUACAGUGUAUACGUGAUAGUAUUAUACAACGCUUAUUCUGCUGUUAGGAUCUCGAUGUUACCGGCUCCAUUCGUCCGCAUUGAAAUGUUAAAACGAGCUUUAAAACAUCUGAAGGAUUACCGCUGAUGAUACAAAUGAACGGAUGCUAAUCAAGUCUACCUGUAUCUGCAAUCUCACUGUGUACUCUCGACGUGUCCACCUAUCACGAAACAAUGUAACUGUCUGUUGUCAAUGUUGUUCAAUAUUCAAUCCAUUCCAUGUUUUAUUUUAUUUUGUAAAUGUCAACCUACACUGUGCUGUUGAUUGUUUUCUGUCUCGCCACCUGAAGCCCGGAGACGACCACAUGGCGUCCUGCCUCAGCCAAUUUUAAUAACAAAUGUGGUCGGUCAAAGCAAUCAUGAACAAAACAAACCUGUCAUUAUCUUCAGACUCAUGAAAAUGAAUGUCCAGCUGCGUAGCAGAGGCUCUAACAAUGUACCACCUUUACCCAGGGAUAAUGACCCUAACAUCCUCUACGGUUUAAUGGGGAUGAAGUCCGAGUGUAUUGGUGGGAAAGUGUUGAAAAAGAACGACUUCUUCUGAGAACAUUUUUUCUCAGCCAAGGAACCCUACAAGUGUGAAAAUAUUCCAGGGACCCCCCUCAUGCAUGUAUGACCCUCGAAAUGAUUUCACAGAGCCACAUUUUUUUUUAAUAAAAGGAAAAAUGUCAUGCAAUGAUAUUAGACGUGUUUUAAAAAGGUGUCUACCAUUUCAACACGCGAUACUGAUGAUUAUUUAAAUGGGUGAGUCUGUAAACUUCUCACGGACCCUGCCCCCCAUUUGAGAACUACUGCCGUAUGGAAAUGAGCCAGUCUGCCCCAGCAAACCUCAGACAACCCCAGCUUGUCUUAUGUUAGGUCCCUACAUAUUGAGAUUACCUCUUCGUCACUGACUCAAGUGACUGUAACUCAAACUCCCAAAAUGCACUUUGUUCACCCGCAUUUCAUGCCGAUUGUAGUUAUUAAAUAUAUUACAAUGUCUGUA